GGCUUGCUGGUAGUCAGAAGAAUGUUGUCACCAUAAAAAUUGCUGUUGCUUUUCCCAGUGGUUGCAGUCCCUGGUGACUGGAGCAGAUCUCCCCUGUCCUGCUCUCAGUUGCUUGUUUUUCCCAGACUUACCUUUUUCGAAAUGCUCCUUCACAGAUGCUGUAAGUAGUGACAUUGUCUCUUGGAACAGUAUCUACGUUACUGCAAGUGUUGUCUUGCCUGUUUAUUCCACAUUGCCCUGAGCUUUAUUUACAUGAGAGUUUUGAAUUAUUGGCUGGGACUGGAACUCUGCCUGAGAACACUCCACCUAUAAUGCAGCAGAAGCGGUUGGUUUGUGGCUUCUCUUUGAUAUAAUGUUUUCAUUAAGUAAAAACACAGAAAGGGGUAUUUUCAGAAGAUGUUGGUGUGCUUGUUUUGGACCUGGCCCUUUUCCCCAGUGAAUCAAUCAUUGCACAACUCAGCAUGACUGGCAUUCCCUGAUUGAGAGGCACAAGCUCCAGCUUCCAGAUCAAAGUGGAGUAACCCGUCAGGAUUUGGGUGUCCCAGCCAAACCACGCAGGGGAAGCUCGUGGGUGAUCUCAGUGCUGGGUUCAGGUGUCCUUCACCCGUGAUCCUUGAGGACAGGAGAGCUCUGUGUUCCAAGGAGGCUUUAAAGCUAAACACACACCCCAAAAAACCCCAGGAAGGCAAGAGCGGUCACGUAGCUCCCACGCUCAGGCAGGAUAGCUGAGAGAGACAACCAUCCCUUGCAGUUGGCAGUAAAUCAGGCUACAAAUUCUUCUCUCUUUCUUCUGUGGACAAAUUAGAGCAGAUCUAUGAAUGCAACAGUAUUUCCUGUUGCUGUGCAUCAUUCUUCCUCCCUGAAAUGCCCCUCUGUGUUUUCCCCUCGUUCCUGUGAUCCCUCAGCUGACACAGAAGAUGUGUGCAUCGUGGAGAGGCUCUUCUCCAGCAGCCUGGUGGCCAUAGUCAGCCUUAAAGCUCCACGCAAGCUGAAAGUCUGUCACUUUAAGAAGGGGACAGAGAUUUGCAACUACAGUUACUCCAACACCAUCUUGGCUGUCAAACUCAACAGACAGAGGCUGAUAGUAUGUCUGGAAGAGUCUCUUUAUAUACACAACAUACGAGACAUGAAGGUAUUACAUACAAUCAGGGAGACACCUCCCAAUCCUGCAGGGUUGUGUGCUUUAUCAAUAAACAAUGAUAAUUGCUACCUGGCCUACCCAGGGAGUGCAACUAUUGGAGAAGUACAAGUCUUUGACACCAUCAACCUGAGAGCUGCUAAUAUGAUCCCAGCUCAUGAUAGUCCCUUGGCUGCUUUGGCAUUUGAUGCAAGUGGUACUAAACUUGCCACUGCCUCAGAAAAGGGGACAGUAAUAAGAGUGUUUUCCAUUCCAGAGGGACAGAAACUCUUUGAAUUCCGAAGGGGAGUGAAGAGGUGUGUGAGCAUCUGUUCGUUGGCCUUCAGCAUGGAUGGCAUGUUUCUGUCUGCAUCCAGUAACACAGAGACAGUGCAUAUCUUCAAACUUGAGACUGUGAAAGAAAAACCUCAGGAAGAGCCUACGACCUGGACAGGUUACUUUGGAAAAGUGCUGAUGGCCUCCACAAGCUACCUGCCCUCCCAAGUAACGGAGAUGUUCAACCAGGGUAGAGCCUUUGCCACGGUCCGUCUGCCCUUCUGUGGGCACAAAAACAUCUGCGCACUUGCCACAAUCCAGAAGAUCCCUCGUUUGUUGGUGGGAGCUGCCGAUGGGUAUCUCUACAUGUACAACCUGGACCCCCAGGAAGGAGGCGAGUGCACACUAAUGAAGCAGCACAAGCUGGACGGCAGCAUGGAGCCGGCCAACGAAAUCCUCGAGUCUGCAUCCCACGACCGGCCCUUGGUAGCGCAGACGUACAGUGCCGCUGUGACUAAAGGUACAUAUGUGCCUUCCUCACCCACAAGGCAUGCCUAUACGGAUGACCUGGGUGCUGUGGGUGGAGCUUGCCUGGAAGACGAAACCAGCUCACUUAGAUUGGAUGAAGACAGUGAGCAUCCCCCCAUGAUCCUUCGGACAGACUAAACUUGGACCUGUGAACUCACUCCUGAAGCAGAGAACACUGGCUUGAUGUUUCUUGAGGAACCUCGUGUUAUGCUGCUAUGAACUUUGACAUGAGUUGGGAGAGAGGAUGACAGACUCUUACAGUUUAAAGUCGUAGCUGUAGUUCUGAUUCAAUACAAUUGGAAAAAUAUAUGGUUUUCAAUUCAGUGGCUUUUAAUCUUGCUUAUCUAUUUUAGCUGUGUCUAUUUUUUUUUUUUUUGUUGCCAAAACCUGCUGUCUGUGCAGCCCUCAGAGCCUACUAGCUUUGCAUGCGUUCAUGUGCCAAGCAAGCAUAGGAGGGGGAGAGAGAGAGAGAGAAGCCACUUUAUAACAAACUCAAGUUUGUAUUUUUUUUAUAUAUGUACAUAAUAUUUAGCCUAUAUAAAGAAGGAGUAGAGAAGUGGUUCUGGAAGCUGAGACUAGUUCUGCACUGACAAAGGUCCAAAUGGUUCCUGUGCAUGGGCUUGCAGGCAUACCUAGUGACUGACAUGCAACCUUUCAAAUGCAAUGGCCUGGUUUUUUUGGGGGUUCUCCCUUCCCUUUCCUGGACCAUUUUGUUAAUUAAAAUUCCUUCUGAAUGUUGUGUA